CAGCAACACUUGAAGAAAAGCCGUCCCUUGCAUCUAAACGGUGAUAUGCGAAAGGACGAAGGCAAGAAAAUGGACCGACCGUUCAACGGGGAGCUAAACCAGGCAGUUACCGAGAACAACAAUGUGCUAGUAGGAGCGCUACAGGCAGACGAACCAGAUGUAAAACAUGCUAGUAGCUGUGUAGAACCGAGUGUACACUCUAGUGUAAGAUCCUGGGCCAGCCUCGAUAACCAGCACUCGAAGAAUUGUCAUCCAUUGCAUCUAAACGGUGAUAUGCAAAAAUCUGAAGGCGGGAAACUGGACGCAUGUCUUCAAUGCGUGACACAAAUGCAGCAUGAUCCGAAGCUUGAGCGACACCUAACGACACAAGAGAAAACUUCAAGUCAAAUUUUCGGGCCUUCAAAUUCGGCCGAGACCGACUCAGGUGAGGAAAAAGAAGGCGCGAAGAAACAACUACACCCAAACGUCACAGAAAACCACCAACACGUGAAGCCAGCGACGGCGUGUUUCAAGUGCGACAGGUGCGACUUCAAAGCCAGAUCGCCGCGACGUCUGGACGCUCACCUGCGACGUCAGCACGCAGAGGGAAGCGUCAGGUGUACCCUCUGUCCGUUCACCGCUCUUAACCAGCGAGGGCUCAACAUGCACGUGCGCAGGACGCACUCCAACAAGACACAAGAAGACCCGGACGACUUGGAGAGAGAAAAGAACGACGACAUCUCCGAACAUCUCGAGAAACACGGGAAGACAGGGCUCCUGCAGUGUCCACAGUGCGACUAUCUCACCAAGUGGAGGAAGAACAUGAGACAACACGUUCGCGACGUCCACACGACAAGCCACAACCUCCACAAGACAAGGCACAACCUCGGGUACAAGUGUCCCGACUGCGGGCACACCUUCCGUACGGUGUCUCUACUUCGUCUGCACGUCAGGCGAAAACACACGGGCGAGCGACCGUUCCAAUGUCCUCACUGUAGCUACGCAGCGCUUGUGUCCAGCCAUCUAGAGCGGCAUAUCCUUCGGCACACGGGGGUCCGUCCGUACAUGUGUGAGGAUUGUGGCUACAUGGCAAGCACCAAAGACGUCCUGGCAAACCACCGAAGGACGCACUCGGGGGAGAAACCCUACAGGUGUGAAGUUUGCGGGUACGCCGCUAGGCGGCGCCACCACCUCCAGGGCCACAUGGCGAAGCACGCUCCGGUCAAACCCGACAGGACGUUCAAGUGCGAGUUUUGCGACUACGCAGCUGUAAGAAAGUUCCACCUUGUCCGCCACAUGUCCAGGCACUUUGGAGAGAAGCCGUUUAAGUGUUACAUGUGUGAGUAUUCAACUGUGGAUAACUCUCGACUGCAGGCGCACAUUCGGGCACACACGGGAGAAAAACCGUUCCGAUGUGAAAUGUGCGAGUUCGCUACUGCCAGAAAGGACCAUCUGAAGCAGCACGUGAUCAGGUGCUGGCGUAAACAAACAAACAAACAGAUAAAUAAAUAAAUAAACAAAAACAAGACCAUCUGAAGCAGCACGUUAGGAGUCAGCAUGAAUAAACAAACGAAUAAACAAACAAACAAACAAACAAACAAACAAACAAACAGGACUAUCUAAAGCAACACAUGAGGUGUGGGCAUGAAUAUGUAAAGAGACCGGACUUCAGGAACUUAAUGAACUUUGCCAAGUGUUUUAGUUAUCAAUAACGCAAUUGGUAUUAU